AAGUCGGGUUGGUGGGAGGUGCAGUUCUGUGAGUUGGUCGGUGGAGGGAGGCUGGCUGGGAGCUUCUCCUGAAGGAGGGACAGGGAGGCAGAGGUGCGACGUGGAAACAGAGUGCCGCUCAUGUCUCCCGAAGUUAACACACAAAGUUACGGUGAAACAAUCAGAGCGCAAGUUCAGCUUUCCGGAGAAAUAGUGACAUGAAAUAGGACUCAGCCAGCGGUGUUAGGACUUGUUGCAGGACGGAAGCCGCCGUCAUGGACGAGGGGCUGACUAUUACUUUGAUAUCUGCGGCGAUGUUUGUAGGCUCCUUCCUCCUGGGAUUCAUCCCACUGUUGUUCCGACUCUCUGAGAAAAGCCUGCAGUUUGUGUCCAUUCUGGGGGCCGGCCUGCUGUGUGGAACGGCGCUGGCCAUCACCAUCCCUGAGGGUGUGGGUUUACUGGAGGAUUCGUGGAGAGGGUCCUCCUCUGAUGCUCCAUCCGGUGCGAACACCACUGAUAAAACGGUGUCUUCCACAGAGGGAGGCUCCCCGCCUCGUUUUUACAUCGGCCUGGCUUUGACGUUUGGGUUCACCUUCAUGUUCGUGGUGGACCAGAUUGCAGGAAACUGUUCCAUGCGUGAUCAAGCGGCAAAUUGGUCGAACAACGCUCACAUCACAACCACCCUGGGGCUGGUUAUCCAUUCUGCUGCUGAUGGAUUUGCUCUGGGUGCUGCUGUCGCCACAGGUCAAGUGACCAUCCAAGUCGUUGUUUUUUUUGCCGUCAUCCUACACAAGGCUCCUGCUGCUUUCGGUUUGGUGUCCUUCCUGAUGCACGCGGGCCUUGAGAAGAAGGACAUUCAGGGACAUCUACUGGCCUUCUCAGCGGCAGCGCCUGUGGUCGCCAUCAGCACUUACUUCAUACUGCACGCUACUGGAAAAUCCUCUCAGAGCCAGCUGAGUGCAACAGGAGUGGGAAUGCUGUUCUCAGCUGGGACUUUCCUUUAUGUGGCCACGGUGCACGUUCUCCCAGAGAUCAGCAGCAGCAGCAGCAGGAUGGAGGAACCCCUGUCCAACCUGCAGGAGCACACGGAAGUAGAAACCCACCGGGUGAGACACCUGGGGCUCCUGGAGAGCCUCACCCUCAUCUUUGGCGUGGGGCUCCCGGUGGUGUUGGCCCUCGGGCUGCACGAUGACUGACGGAGUUUGCUGCAGAAUAAGAACAACUGAAUAAAAAGAACUGUACUCUUAUCGCACCAUCGGAGGAUAGGAUGUGCCUCAGAACGAUUACCUAAAACCAACCAUCGAGUCCCGCCAUUGUUCCUGCAUCAAUGGAGAUUUCCAGGUUUUGAAAGGACCUGGAUACCAUUUGGCUCUCAUUCAGCUCAGUUUCUAUUACAGGGAAAUAAAAAAAGGAGGACAUUGUUUUACAAAGAUGCACAAUUUUAAAAGUAAAAUCCUGUUUGGCGGGUAGAUUUACAGGUAGAACAGGAGGAUCAUUUGAUACUGUCGUGUGCGCAUUGUGAGAUCCAGUUUGCACAGUUUGUACUAGUUUUGAAAGAGUUUGACAAAGGCGCUGACUUACAGUUUCGUGUGGAAAAAGUGAAAACUGGAGAAUCGGAGAGAAACAAUUUCAA